UACUGUAUUUAUAUACAGUACUAAUUUCCUCAAAUUUAACCAUUUAAUUUUUGUAAUUAUAGUUUAAUUCGGCGAAAUUGAAGAAAAAUACUAUUUUUAUAAUUUUUUAUCAAAAGACUUGAUUAUCUCAUUUCUUGGACUAAAAUAUUUAUAUUUUGCUUCAUCAUAAUAAUCUACUGUAAUUAUCUGGAUUUUAUUAAUUAAACAUACGAAAAUCACUGAACAAAAAAAAUUGUCAUAUCAUUGAUUUUUACAAUCAAUUUAUUGAAAUAUUUGAGUGAUCAUGGACAACUUAAAAAAAAAGAAGUCGCUAGCAAACGUGCUUCCAGAAUGACCAGUGAUGAAAAACUGUUAUUAAUUAAAUUAGUUAAUGAACAUAAAGAUGUGAUCGAAAGUAAAACAACUGACAAAGUCUCUUUGAACGAUAUGGAGGAAGUAUGGAAAAUAAUAACUGGACAAUUUAAUCAAGACUUUUCUUCUAGAUUUUCUGUUAAUUUACAAUCAGUUUGGAAAAAUAUAAAAUCGCUAGCCAAAAAAUAUUCACAAAAAUUGCGAAAACAAAGCAUGGGAACAGCUCUAAACAUAAUGAAUAAUGUGACAGUACAAGGACUGAGUAAUGAAUUUGACAACGAUGCUGAAGAAAUGACAGUUGAUGAAAUUUUUACUUUGGAUGGCGAAGAUGAUUCAGAUGAUGAAGUAUUUGAAUAAACUUUCUGAUAAAUCAGUAUCUAUCAAACCCAAGAAUGAAUUAGCGUCAGUGCUCUUAUAAAACGCCCAAGAACAACAUGAAUAUGAAAUUGAAUUGUUAAAACUACAGAUAGAAAAGGAACAACUACUGGUUAGAAAAUUAGAAGAAAAACGAUUAGAAAGUUUGAGUGAUGGAGAUGAAGAGGAUGUUUAGAAAAAC